AUGGAACCUCAUACUGUCCACAGACAUUGUGAUGUUCUCAACUGUUCACUAAACAUGUGCCACCUUCAAGCCAUGAUUGCACAUGCGGAUGGUUUGGUGUGCAGAAUACCCCAGGAUAAGAAAACUUGGUGCAUGCAAGGAGUGCAAGCAGCUUGGAGAUUAGGCAGAUGGGAUCUCAUGGAUGAGUACCUACCCGAGGCAGACAAAAGUCUUGUGUGCAGCAGUUCUGAGAACAGUGCUUCGUUUGACAUAGGUCUUGCUAAGAUAUUCAAGGCAAUGAUGAACACAGAUCAGUUUAUGGUUGCUGAAAAGAUUGCCCAGUCCAAGCAAGCAAUGCUUGUUCCGUUGGCUGCAGCAGGCAUGGACUCGUACAUGUGUGCAUAUCCCUACAUUGUAAAGCUUCACAUGCUGUGCGAGUUGGAAGACUUCAACUCCCUGCGGGGAGACGAGUCAUUUCUCGAUAAAACAUUCAGUGUAGAUGAUCCAAAAUUUCUGAAAUUAACAACAGACUGGGAUAACCGUCUGAGAUGUACACAAUCGUCUCUGUCGGCAAGGGAGCCUUUGCUUGCUUUCCAACGGAUGUUUUAUAAUCUGAGUCAUAUGAAUUCUCAAGUUGGGAAUUGCUGGCUUCAGUACGCUAAACUCUGCCGUUUGGCUGGUCAUUAUGAGGCAGCUCACCGUGCAAUACUGGAAGCAGAUGCUUCGGGUGCUCCUAACGUUCAUAUGGAGAAGGCAAAGCACCUCUGGAAUAUACGGAAUUUUGUUUCACAUGUAUUUUCUUCCCAUUAUUUCGACCCAUGUAGAGAUCUGAAUCAUCUGAUCAUCCCAUCUCAUUUGCAGAUGUUGAGCAUCAUUCACGGGUCCACGAGGGAUCUACCAACUUAUCAGUGGCUGACUGUGCUGUCUCAGUUGAUAUCCCGCAUUUGUCAUCAGAAUGGUGAGGUUGUCAAAACUGCCAGACAAAUUAUCACGUCUGUGUUACAGGCGUGCCCUCAGCAAGCACUUUGGAUGAUGGCUGCAGUGUCAAAGUCAACAGUUUCUGCAAGAAAAGAUGCCGCAACACAGAUAUUAAACUCAGCAAAGAAGGGCUGUCGGAAGGGGGGCAAUGUGGCACUGUUUAAUCAGUUUCCUUCUCUAAUAGAACAUCUGAUUAAGCUGUGCUUUCAUCCAGGGCAGCCCAAGGCAAAGGCAAUAAAUAUCUCAACUGAGUUCAGCUCCUUGAAAAGAAUGAUGCCACUAGGAAUUAUCUUACCUGUCCAGCAGUCUCUAACUGUGACUCUGCCAUCAUACGAUUCAAGGGAUUGUCAAGGCUCCAGAUCAAUUCUUUGCACUCAUUUAACUAGAGUCGUGUUCCUCGGAAGCGGUGGAGUUGCCCGCCCCUUUUUAUGCAAACCGAAGGAUGGUCUCAGGAAGGAGAAGGAUGCACGCGUGAUGGAGUUCAACGCCGUGAUCAACCGUCUCCUCUCCAAAGUUCCUGAGAGCCGCCGCAGGAGAAAGCUCUACAUCAGAACCUUGGCGGUGGUUCCACUCACAGAAGACUGCGGACUGAACAUGAUGGACGGUUUGGGCAUCGCUGGGAGGGUGUCGUGUUUCUGA